AUGAUAGCCGGUGGAACGUUAAGUCCCAUGGUUGAUUUGAUAAACCUUAUAAAAUCAGAUAAAAAGCUUUUCCAGUUUGGACCUGCUGCAAAUAUGCACAAACUAAAAUGGAGUAGACAUCUGGAGCAGCAUGCUUACCUACAUAUGAAAGAAAAAGGAUUUAACAUAACAAAUAUAUUCACAGCAAUUGAUCGAGAUGGUUUAGUAGGCUUCAUUUGGUCUGGAACUAUAUUAAAACUAGCAGAAGAAGUUAUAAAAUUAAUUCCCAUAAAAGAAAUCAAAUACGUUUUGAAACCUUUGCUGGAUAUAAUAGAUUUACUAUUAACCGCUGUAUUGUUGUUGUAUAAUUAUCCAGGUGAAAAACAUAUAACUAACACCUAUGAUCUUGGAGCAUCAAACGCUCUUUUCGCUCAUCGUUAUGAAAUUGGAUGUUACGGAAAAAUGAUGUAUACGGUCUGCAUGAUGGAGAACAGUACAAAUGGAGGCCAAUUUUACCAAAGAGGAAUGCCGUGCACCAACUGCACAACUGGUUAUUGUGAAUUCCAUGAAGAUGAGAAUGGAUAUAUUGAAGAAGGGGACUUGUGUGAGCCACCAAAAGAAUCUCUUUCGGAUUAUGUAAACACAUUUGCUCCUUCUACAUCGACUAUUCGCAUGAAGACACCAAAACCGAGAAGAACAUUUUGGAAAUCGAACUUCUUCGUUUCAGCCUCAAGUAUUCUGUUUUCGUUGGCCAUCUUAGUCACAAUUCUUUUGGAAGUCCUUGAUCUAUUUGGGCCAGCCACAAAAAUGUAUAAAUUGGUGUGGAGUCGUCAGUUAGAGCUGGUUAGCUACGAAUACAGCACAGAUAAUAGUCCAUCAAAUGAUAGUAGUGGGCUAUUUUCUAUUCAUUACAAAGACCACGUCGGAUUUUACUGGUUUGGAGACCUAACAGUAAUUCUGGAACUUGCAAUAAAAGUCAUUCCAAUUGACGAGUUCAAAAAAAUAGCAAAAGAUAUUAUGGAUGCGUUAGAAGGAUUCCUUAUGGUGUAUUGGAUAAUGAUCUCGGCUCUUGAAGUAGAGAACCCUCUCAAAAGAAAUACGUAUUAUGGAGCAGCAGAACUGUUGUAUGGAGAUCGAUAUGAAAUUGGGUGUCACUCGAAUUGGGUAUACUCUGUGUGCUUUUUGAAGAAAAUGGAAUAUCAACCGUGGUUUUUUGAUGUUGGAGUUUCUUGCUUUGGCUGCCAAGGACAAUGCGAGUUUUGGAUGAGUGAAAAAGAUGGAGAAUAUGAAGAAGGAGAUCUGUGUGUGCCGCCAAAAGAUUUUUAUACGAAACAAAUCGCCGAGAAACAACAGUUAAUUGAAGCGACGACAAACGCAUCUAUGCAGGUUUCCAUCAUGAUUUUAUUCAUUCUCGUACUCUUUUUCAAUUUCCGUCGUUGA